UUGCCCAACGCUGGUUGUUGUGUACGGAACCAAGAUAUAUUUUAUUUUUAUAAUCAUAGAUUUCGGGAAGGUAUGGCUCUGGAGUUGGCCGUAGUUUUAGUUGGACUAAUCGCCUUGGCCGGGGGACAGUUUUUGCCGACGAACUCGUGUCCGGGAUACUUUCGUUUUGUUAACGAUGCCUUUGAGGGUCUCCAGGGCGAGAUUACUCUACCCCCUCUGAAGCAGGGUCGCAACCGCAUCGAUUUAAGUUUCUCACAGCAGGGUGAACAUAGUGGCUCAACCGUGGGCCCCGUUAAUCCGUAUCCGGAUGAGACUGCGCUUAGAUCAAGAACGGAACCCUCUAGGUUUCGGAUUUGCUCUCAGGCAAACGAUAGAUUGCCCAAACUGACGUGGCUCUCCUACAAUGAUCAAGUGUUGUGCUCCGACAGGGAAUACGAUCCACCCAACAGCUACUACAAUCGUUUCUAUGAGCUUCACAUUAGUGGUCCGGUGGCGCCUUUACCUUCUCUAGUUGCCACUCCCUCUCCGAGAAAUAACUUGGAUGUCGAUGUACAAACUGUAUACUUUCCCUCUACCCGGAGGAAUAGUUUCACACAAACCUGGCAGACGUCGUCCAACAGAGAGCCCUUCGUGAGACCUCAGUUGAUAACUCCAGCGCAAACGCCAACCGAUAUAUUCUUUGAGUCACCAGUACCAAGCAUUCCUGUGACUCUUAGGCCAUCCUUUACCACAUCACAGAAUACACCACCACCUCCGCUACCAACACAGUCACCACGGACUGUGGCAAAUCCUCCGCCAACUCAAAUCUUUAAUCCACGAUCUCCCUCGUCAGAAGUAGUUUGCGGGAUAGAGGGUAGCUUCGUUCCAUUUAUCGUAAAGGGAACUGAAUUCCCACGCGGCAUGUAUCCCUGGCUAUCGGCAAUCUUUCACAAGGCGUAUCGAUCUCUGACCUUCAAGUGCGGAGGUUCCCUGAUCUCCGCCAGCAUCGUCAUCACUGCCGCCCACUGUGUGGAUCAAGUGACGAAGGAACAGGUGGUCAUCGGACUGGGACGUUAUGAUCUGGAUAACUAUGGCGAGGAUGGGGCUGAGACAAGAAAUGUGUUGCGAAUGGUCAAGCAUCCGGAUUACAAUACACGGAUGUAUUCCGAUGCGGAUAUUGCCCUGAUCACAAUUGAGAGACCUGUGACAUUCAACGACAUAAUCGCCCCGAUUUGCAUGUGGACAGUAGAGGCAAGCACCACGGUGUCAACCGUUGGAUUCGUUGCGGGAUGGGGUGUAGAUGGAAGGAAUAGUUCUCCGACCCAAUAUCCCAGAGUUGUCGAGGCAGAGAUCGUCAGUCCCACGGUCUGUGCCAGCAGCUGGCGGGGACAGAAGGUACCGGAGCGAGGUAUGUGCGCGGGAAACCUCGAUGGAUCUGGGCCCUGUGUCGGUGACUCGGGCGGUGGACUAAUGGUCAAGCAGGGCAACAAAUGGCUACUCCGGGGCAUUGUAUCAACGGGAGAACGUGCAGCUGACAACUCCUGUGCGCUGAAUCAUUAUGUACUGUACUGCGACCUGUCCAAACACAUCAACUGGAUUAGCAGUAAUAUCCAAUGAAUUCCGGGAAUUGCUUUUCUAUACGAUUAGAUUAAACAGUUUAAGCCAAAGCAAUUGUUUUUG